AUGACGACGGACAAGAUUCGUAAAGACAAGAACCAGAACAUUCAAGUGUUCAUACGACUAAGACCUUUAAACCAACGCGAGCGGGACAUCAAGUCACUUGGCGUUAUUGACGUGGUGAACAACAGAGAAGUGGUUGUGCGCCAGUCCCAGCAGACCUCGCACACCAAGAAAUUUACCUUUGACAGGGCAUUUGCACCGAAUGCCAGUCAGCUCCAAGUAUACCAAGAGGUGGUGAGUCCUCUAAUAGAGGAGGUGCUCAAUGGCUACAACUGCACUGUGUUUGCCUACGGGCAAACUGGCACAGGAAAGACGCACACCAUGGUGGGUGAACAUACCGGCACUGACACUCACUGGCAAAAUGAUCCCCUCGCUGGUAUCAUACCGCGUGCCCUGAGCCAGCUGUUCGACGAGCUCCGACUCACCAACACGGAAUACACGGUCCGGGUGUCGUACUUGGAGCUGUACAAUGAAGAACUGUUCGACCUGCUCGCCGCUUCGGAGGACAACUCCAAGCUGAGGAUAUAUGAAGAUGUUACCAGGAAGGGCUCGAAUAUUGUCAACGGAUUGGAGGAAAUAACUGUCUAUAACAAGAAUGAGGUGUACAAGAUUAUGGCUCAAGGCCAGGAGAGGAAGAGAGUUGCUUCUACGCUCAUGAAUGCUCAGUCAAGCCGCUCUCACACAGUCUUCACGAUAGUGGUCCACAUGAAAGAGAACAGCCCCGAGGGUGAAGAACUUGUGAAGAUCGGGAAACUCAACCUGGUGGACUUGGCUGGUUCGGAGAAUAUUAGCAAGGCUGGCUCCGACAAUCCUGCAAAGAAGGAGAGAGCUCGUGAAUGUGUCAAUAUUAACCAAUCGCUGUUGACACUCGGGAGGGUCAUCACGGCGUUAGUGGAAAGACAUCCUCAUAUACCUUACAGAGAGUCAAAGCUGACUCGUAUUCUUCAAGAAUCGCUCGGAGGUCGAACCAAAACUUCAAUCAUUGCUACCAUUUCACCCGGACAUAAAGACUUGGAGGAGACCAUGAGCACGUUGGAGUAUGCUCACAGAGCCAAGAACAUCCAGAACAAACCAGAAGUGAACCAGAAAAUGACCAAGAAAGCUAUACUGAAGGAGUAUGCUGAAGAAAUUGAUAGAUUAAAGAGGGACUUGCAGGCAUCUAGAGAUAAGAAUGGCGUAUAUCUAGCUAGCGAAACAUACGCUGAAAUGACUAUUAAAGAAGAAGAGCAACGGAAGGAGAUACAGGAACUCUUACUCAAGAAGAAGGCGAUGGAAGACGAGCGAGACCGCAUGGAGGGAGUUUUUGGUGAAAUGAACCAAACGCUUGAGAACAAGAAUAAUGAAUUGAUGACUACUAUGAACCAACUGAAUAAUACGAAGGUGGCGUUGGCUAGCACCAGUCAACAAUUGGUUGUUACAAAAGUGGCGUGCGAGGAACAACAGCAUUUGGUAGAAGUCCACAAGUCGACUGAGCAGACGCUGAGCGGCCAGGCGCGGGAGCUGCUGGCCACGGCUGACGUGGCCACCAAGCACGUCGAGUGCCUUCACCACGUCGUGGACAAGCGCAAGACUGUGGAGUCGACCAACUUAGAGGUAACGAGGACUUACCGCGAGCAGUCUCAUCAACAGCGCGAGGCCGUCACGGCUGGAGUGCUGCAGCUCUGGCAGACUCUCGCACAAGCCCUCUCCACUCUGCACAAUGCCUUAGAAUCGUACACGACGUCCAGUACCCAAACGCAAGAACAAAACAAGCAGCAGUUAGACAAUUUGAUACAGUCCUUUGUGAAGAUCGUUAGUCAGAUGAAGGUUAUAUCGGUGGAGAGCCAGGGCGCGCUGUCGGGCGCGCGCAGCGAGCACUUGGAGCGCGUGGAGGCCGCCUUGGCGCAGCGCGGCUCUCGUGUGGGCGGGGCUCUGCGGGCCCUCGCCCUGGCCGCCGCCGCCGCUCUGCAGCGGGCCGAGGGGCUCGACGUGCACCAUCAUCUCGCUACCUUCGUGCAACAUUGGAUAAGUAAUGUAGCGUGUUGUUUCCCUCAGCACGUCGGAGCCGGCGCGCGCGUGUCGUCAGUGCGUCGCGCGCACGCGGCCCUGUGCGGCGCGGCGGGGGAGGCGCGCGGGCGGCACGCGGCGGCGCAGCGCGCUCAGCGGGAGGGGCGGCGCCAGCGCGUACUGAACAGAGCCGCGCGCCUACAGGCCUGCAUGGCGGAAAUACAAGAAGACUCUGCUCACUUGCAACAAUGUUUAACUGAUUUACUAUCUGAAAUCGAAACUGAAAGGCAAGAUAUGGAGACCCGGCUUGAAGAAAGAAUGGCAGAAGAACGUAGACUGCUAGAAGAACGACUUGCCAGACACGCUGAAAUCGAGAGGAAUGCCUUAGAAGCGAGACUAGCUAAGAAAAUGACAAAACUAGAGGAAUUAAAGAAUGUUCUAGAACAAAAGAAAUAUCGUUAUAAACAGUUACAUGAAAUACAAUUUGAGGCAGAUAAAGAAGAAUUGCAAAUGGCCGAUGAGAAUUUAGAAGAGUGUGUGACUUUUGAAGAGGAUUACAGUAAAUACAUGAAAAAAUAUCAAACGGAGUUUGAGGAAGGUACGGACGCCAUAAGUGUUGACAUGGAAGUGUUCAGUAAGAAUGUUGUGGAGGUUGUGGAGCAUCUCAACAAUCAAGUGCUACAGAUAUUGGACGAGACUAAAACACAAAUAGAGCAACAAGUAAACACCGUAAUCGCCGACGACCUGACCUCGUGUAAGCAGUUCGUACAGCUAGUGGACGAAACGUUAACCAACGUUGUAGACGCUACCAAAAAUAUUAUGGAUGAAUUUAUCAACAAGAUUGAGACAAGCAACAAGGCAGCUAUCCAAGACCUUAGCGCUGUAUCCACAUCGACGUCGCAGCUGAUCUGUAUGACGCAGAGCUACCACGCCCAGCACUCUGCCUCCAGCCUCGAGGCUCAGUCCCAGGCGCAGGAGCUUCGGGAACAGCUGAGUGGUGCGGUGGAACGGCUCGCGGAGCUGGAGGCGAGGUACCUCUCGCAGGAGUAUAAGGUGUACUCACCUACUGGUAAAACUCCAGCUCGCUCCGACUACCGGUACCCGCGGAUGCUGGCCUCAACGUCCCCCCACGAGAGAAUACUCGCCCGCUUUAGAGCGAUGAGACAGAACAGUGACGAGGAUGUUAUACUAGUAGAAUCAGAGCCUGACUCCCGUCCCCCGAGCGAUUCGGAGAGCUCCAUAGCAUCAGAAGACUCUUGCGUCUCUGAAACAUAUCCACAGUCUGUGAGAAAGAUAAAAGAAGAGAAUGGUAAAGAAAACAUCCAACGCCCAGUUCCAUACAAGAAACCAUCUAAACUACCCGCACCCACUUCACACAAGAAACCUUUAGAAGAACGGAACAUGAACGGACAAUAA